UUGGUAAUUUGGAUCGCUUAAAUUGUUAGGGUUUUCCAAAUAUAAAGCAAAACUUUCACUUCACACAAGACCCACCAGACCAGACACCUAUAUAUUUUGCUGAACUGUUACUCUUCACAUUCAACAACUUGUAGCCAACACAGUAGCCAUGGUUCUCAAGAUCUCUAUCCUUCAGAUCAUCACCUUGUCCGUCUUGCCUCUCACCACUCCCAUUGACUUCAAGUACCCAGCAGUUUUCAACUUUGGUGAUUCCAAUUCAGACACUGGUGGCCUGGUUGCUGGGACUGGUGAUCGCCUGGAUCCUCCCAAUGGGCAGAUUUAUUUCCAGAAGCCAUCUGGCAGGUUCUGUGAUGGGCGCCUCAUUAUAGAUUUCCUAAUGGAUGCAAUGGACCUGCCGUUUCUGAAUCCAUAUUUAGAUUCAAUUGGGGCGCCAAGUUUCAAGAGAGGAUGCAAUUUUGCAGCUGCAGGAUCUUCUAUACUCCCAGCAGCUGCAUCAGCUGUAAGCCCAUUUUCAUUUGGGAUUCAGGUGGCUCAGUUCUUGAGAUUCAAGGCCCGGGUGCUUGAACUCUUGUCUAAAAGCAAGAAACUUGACAAGUUCCUGCCUGCAGAAGACUAUUUUGGGAAAGGGCUUUACAUGUUUGACAUUGGCCAGAAUGAUCUUGCCGGUGCCUUCUAUUCCAGAUCAUUGGAUCAAAUCCUUGCUUCAAUUCCGACAAUUUUAGCUGAAUUUGAAGCUGGAAUUAAGAAAUUGUAUGAUCAAGGGGCGAGAAAUUUAUGGAUUCACAAUACAGGUCCCCUGGGUUGCUUGGCUCAGAAUGUUGCCAAAUUUGGAACCGAUGCAUCUAAGCUUGAUGAGCUUGGAUGUGUCAGCUCGCAUAACCAAGCUGCAGGACUGCUCAACCUGCAGCUCCAUGCACUAACUAGAAAGUUGCAAGGCCAAUACCCAGAUGCAAAUGUGACCUAUGUUGAUAUAUACACCAUCAAAUCUAACCUCAUCGCAAACUAUUCUCGUUAUGGAUUUGAGCAGCCCAUAAUGGCGUGCUGCGGCUAUGGAGGUCCACCUCUGAACUACGACGUCCGGGUGGGCUGCGGCCAAACGAAAGUGUUGAACGGGACGUCGGUGACGGCCAAAGGAUGCAACGACAGUACUGAAUACGUGAACUGGGACGGAAUCCAUUACUCGGAGGCUGCAAACCAGUAUGUUGCCUCGCAAAUUCUCACCGGAAAAUACUCCGAUCCGCCCUUCUCCGACAAGAUGCCUUUCCUUCUCAAUCUCAAGUUCUGAAAAGCGUCAAGUAAAAUGUUCUGCUUUCAUUCUUUAUGCAACAGUUCUGUGACUGUAUGUGUACUGUUGUAAAUCAAUUGAGUCCAGGACAGGACCCAGCAUGGAGAGGAACUCCUUGUCUCGGUGUGUGUUGAUCCAUCAUAAUCAAAAUUAAAUUAGGAUUUUAUAAUUUAACAUGUUAUUGACUGAGUUGAUUAGCUAGUUGGGUGGGUUAUCCUAAUUAUUAGUAGAAUUUUUAUCUUUUAAUAUUUGGUAUAAUUAAUCAUAUAGUUGAGUUUAGUUUAUUUGGCUUCAUAAUAAGAAAGAAAUUGCUGCAAGUAAUGAAUUAUUGUCUGCAUAUAUUAUUAUUAUU